UUCGUUGUUGAGCAAGUUCCAGCCAGGACCUGCCAGAACCAACAGUUAGUGACUAAGGGUGUUUGUCCGGAGUACCACAAGAGUGUAAUAGUUGUGUGGUGCUAGCGUUCAGAAAACAACAGUCAGAAUGUCGUACUACGGUCCACCACCCAGCAUCUGGGGCCAUCCGAUCAGCAACAUGACCGUUGUUGAUAAGGUUCCCCCGGAGAUCCUGCAUUUGGUGGACCCUCACUGGUAUCAGUUCCCGCCGAUGAACCCGUUGUGGCACUCGAUCAUUGGAUUCGCGAUCUUCGUGCUUGGUAUCAUAUCGGUCAUCGGCAACGGAAUGGUCAUCUACAUCUUCUCGACGGCCAAGGGCCUACGAACACCGUCCAAUCUGUUCGUGGUGAACCUUGCCAUGUCUGACUUCCUGAUGAUGAUGACCAACGCGUUCACCAUGGUAUACAACUGUUGGUACGAGACCUGGCAGCUGGGAGUGCUUAUGUGCGAUCUUUACGCCUUUACUGGAUCCUUAUUCGGAUGUUGCUCGAUCUGGACUAUGACGAUGAUCGCCCUGGACCGAUACAACGUCAUCGUAAAAGGUUUGGCCGGUAAACCGCUGACCAACGCCGGAGCAGUUCUACGCAUCCUCGUCUGCUGGAUGAUCGGAGUAGUCUGGGGAAUUCUGCCGAUGCUGGGCUGGAAUCGAUACGUCCCAGAAGGAAACAUGACCGCGUGUGGAACAGAUUACCUAACCGAAGAUUGGUUCCACAAGUCCUACAUCCUUGCCUACUCCUUCUUCGUCUACUACGUUCCCCUGUUCACGAUCAUCUACUCCUACGUCUACAUCGUUAAGGCCGUUUCCGAGCACGAGAAGAGCAUGCGCGAUCAGGCCAAACGGAUGAACAUGCAAUCGCUGAGACAGGGAGAUGACGGCAAGGCCGCCGAAAUGAAGCUGGCCAAGAUCGCCCUCGUUACGAUCUCGCUUUGGUUCAUGGCCUGGACACCGUACACCAUCAUCAACUACACCGGUGUGUUCAAGACGGCCAACAUCUCACCCCUGGCCACGAUUUGGGGUUCGGUCUUUGCCAAAGCAAACGCCGUCUACAACCCGAUCGUGUACGGCAUCAGUCAUCCCAAGUAUCGGGCGGCGUUGUACAAGCGGUUCCCGUCACUGUCCUGCCAGGAUGUGGUCGCCGCCGACGACAAGUCUCUCGCCUCGGAAGCAUCAGCCGUUACUACGUCAAAUUCCGGCGAUACGGCGAGUGCUUAGAAUGAUAAAAGGAGCCUAAACCCGUUGACCUGUUACAUCCUGACGAAGUAGAGUGUAUAAAGUUGUAAAGCAUUA